GUCACGUGAUACUCUCCUUUUGACAGUGAGGUGCACGCUGUUCAGUCGCUAGCGUUUGAUGCUUUGUCUGUCUACAGUGUGUGAUAUUUCGUACGUUGUUGUGGACGUUCCAAGAUGUCGACUUCCAGUGGCGUUGACACCGACUGCCAGACGUUGACGCGGUUUGUGUUGGACGAACAGCGACGGUUUCCCCAGGCGACCGGUGACCUGACCCAGUUACUCAACUCGAUUCUGACGGCAAUCAAGGCUAUUUCGUCGGCUGUCCGUAAAGCUGGAAUACACAGUCUAUAUGGCAUUGCAGGAUCAAUAAAUGUGACGGGGGACCAAGUCAAAAAGCUGGAUGUUCUCUCAAAUGACCUUUUCGUCAACAUGCUGCGAUCUUCAUACACAACAUGUUUGUUGGUGUCGGAGGAAAAUGAAACGGUCAUUGAAAUUGAGACCGAGAGAAGGGGAAAAUACAUAGUGUGUUUUGAUCCUUUGGACGGCUCAUCAAAUAUUGACUGCCUUGUGUCCAUAGGUUCAAUAUUUGGAAUCUGGAGGAAGACAACCACCACUCCCAUCGAUCCCAGUGACGCACUUCAGCCCGGAAACAAGCUGGUUGCCGCGGGAUAUGCUCUGUAUGGCAGUGCUACCAUGGUGGUCUUGUCAACAGGAAAUGGAGUCCAUUCCUUCAUGUAUGAUCCUGCAAUUGGUGAGUUUUUGCUGACCGAGAAAAACAUCAAGUGCAAGCCACGAGGAAAGAUCUACUCCCUGAACGAGGGAUAUCAGAAGUACUGGGACAAAGCCGUAUCGGAAUAUAUCCACAGUAGAAAGUUUCCUGAAACUGGUAAGCCAUACGGAGCGAGAUACAUUGGGUCAAUGGUAGCAGACGUACACAGAACUCUGGUUUAUGGGGGCAUCUUCAUGUACCCUUCAACAUCAGAAGCACCAAAAGGAAAGCUACGACUUCUCUACGAAUGUAACCCCAUGGCAUUCAUCAUAGAGCAGGCAGGAGGUCUGGCUUAUGAUGACAAACAAACACGGAUUCUCGACAUCGAACCGAAAAACAUCCAUGAGCGAAGUCCAAUAUUCAUGGGAUCUAAGGAAGAUGUGCAAGAUAUUUUGGAGUUCUACAAAAAACAUCCGAAAUAAACUUAGUUAGACUUACUUCAUUUCUCUGUGAACAUUGAGGAAAAUGGAUAAUUACUAAAAUUGUCAUUUGGGAGAAAUGUUCUUAGGUUUGGGCCGUAUAUCCAGUAUUAGUUUUAUUUUAUGUUGCAAUAAUCUUGAUUGUGGAAAAAGGUUGUUUACAAGAAACAUCGGUUGUCAGGCUUUGUGCCAGUAAAUAAUUUGAGGGUACGGAAUAAAAACAAAAUAGACCAUAACAGGUAUCUACUAUAGUCCAUCCCACAGGGAACACCUUUCUUCAUACUAUGAAAUUUCCUAUAAGUUGUUUAUUUCUGAGCGGAUUGUUUUCUAAAUUGCACACACAAAUAGUGGGGUUUUUGUUAUUUUCCAAACACUUUUACUUUCUUCUUACAUUAAACCAAACUGAAAUUAUUUACAAAAAUUAUGUUUGUAGAAUGAUGGGACGGACUAUAAGUGGUUAUAUGUUUGAAUGUAUUAAAAUUGGACAUUGUAUUUCAUGUGCUUUGUCAGAUUUUAAACAGAUUUCUUUUUUAUGAUUUAUCUAAAACAAAUAUAUAUGUAUGUCCAUUAAUUUCCAAAAUUUUAGGGUAUGUAAUGUUACCCUCCGUACUCUGGCAGAAACCCUUGUUGUAUUAAUUUUGUGUUUCAUGACAUCUUGCAAUCUGUAUUCCCUUUUCUUUUUCAACCUUCAGAAUCAUAUUUUUUUCUCCUUUUAUUUGUCAGUUUUUUUGUGUUUUUUUAUCCCAUUCUGACAUCAUCUUUUCUUUUUAAGAAACCCAUCCCAUUUCUCAUCUCUUCAACUUUGUUAGGUGCUAAUCUCUUGUACCCAUUAGUGCCAUAGCUUUUGCCACAGGCUUGGUAUGGCAACUUCUUUGUCCAGUAAUCAUUUGUGAAUAAUUUGAAAACAGCUACCAAAACUGUUUUAUGGUGGUUAUUAAUAGGAAGCUUUUAAUUGUAUGUUAAUGUUUGAGCGAAAUGGUUAUUAUUUUUAUUUUUUUCUGUGAGAACUGUCUCAGGAUUUUGAAUUUUAUUAUUUUACGAUUGAAUUUUGUUUUUGAACAUUGCCAUUUAUUGUAUGGCAUGGUGAUGUAUAUCUUUGGUGCUUUGUGGUAUGACCUUUUUAGUUUGCAAACAUUAACAAUAGACCUGUUAACUAAGGUUAUGAAUCAUGUUUGGAAAAUGGGUCUAGUAGGAUUUCAUCACCAAAAAAGAAUGUUUGGUACAUAUUUCACGAUAAACUUUGCAUAACCAACAAACAUAAAUCCUAAAUGUGGAGUUUUUGACUACCGAUACAUCAAGUGAUCAAGAGUUACAUUUUAUGUACUCGCCAAAAAUUAUUAAAUGAAAUGAUACUGAGCACUGCAAUGCAAAGUCAGAAGAUGGGUUAUUUGAGGUGAGGGAGGAUACAAAAAAUGGGUAUGUUGGUGAUGUUUGUGCUGUGACCAUGGCAAUGUAGAUGGUUCUGCUGGAUAAUUUCUCUGGUAGUUAAAUAUUCACAGAUAAUUUAGAUGUUUGGGGUUGAAGGAGGAGAAGUUAUAAGCUAUGUCCAUUAUUUGAUAUAAUUUAAAACGUUUUUGAAUUGGUGUUUUAAGAGGACCAAAUAACCUUGGACGUUUUCGACGUGCCAUCAAAGCCUACUUAAUUCCACGUCUUCAAUACUUUUUUUGGUUAUUUGCUAGUCAAAUGAUUUUGUGGAAUUUUUUUCUUGAGGAUUUCACUAUUAAUUUUACAGAUAAAAUUAGCGGGUUUCUAAAAAAAAUGUGUACUAUUGUGCAUAUGUACAUUUUCCCUAUGGUGAAAUAAAAUCUAUAUUUUGGAUUUUUGUUGUAUUCAUUAAAGUUAUACAAAUACCUUUCUUUUUAAAUAAAUUAUUCAGGUUUUAAGUUCAGUAUAUAGUUAUUGUUUUAUAUUGGGAAAGAAUCAGGGAGAGGGUGGGGCUGCAUGUUGUAUCAUUAUUCUAACUACAAAAUGCAUUGUCCAUAAUAUUCACUGGCUAACAGAUUUUAAAAUUUAGUUAAAGGAUCAGUUCAUAUAUUUUUUAAUCUGUGAUGACAAAUCAUAUAGCUAUCUUUCAGAAAUCACCAAUGACUUAGACAAUCGGCAAUAGAUAAAUUCCUGUAUUUAGAAUCACUGUGUACUAGAAUAUCUAAGAUAUGUUAAUCCAGUUCAGUAUCCAAUGAUGUAUGGAAAACUGUAUUCACAUUUCGUGAUAAAUGCUUUUUUCUUUUUCUAAA